AAUAUUUCUUUUCAAUGUCGUCCGCAACGUUCACGGUCCGUCUUUCUUCUUUAUUUUUCUACCGAGGCGAAUGUUUUGUUUGACACAUUGUUCAACGAACACACGUCCCCGCCGAUAAAAGACGACCAUAGUGCGUAUACAGAACUAAAAUUAAAUGUAGUGUACAAGACGUUGUUAUCGGUAGAUAAUCAAUUUGAUUUUGACGCAGUUCUCGGACAUCACAAAUGAUAGAGUUUCGUAAACCUCGAGCUUAAACUCGGUUAAUGGGACAUUUCAACGAGCACCAAGUGUUCAAAAAAUGUUAUCCUACGAAAUAAUUAACCAAGAAGAUACUGCUAUCAUAAGGGAAGUCUACGACAAUGAUAACUCGCAAGAAAUGUUUGAGCAGGAACUGGACAAUGCCCUAGAGGCUGGCUACAAGUAUAUUAUUAUCGAACCAACUCAGCUAGCUGACGAAACAGUGAGAUGGAUUACUGUUGGCAAUUUUCUUUCUCAAACAGCUAUCAUAUCUAGUGCUUUGUCUGCAGGAACAGCUUAUUUUUGGACUUCUAAGCCAUUUGUAUAUGGCCCUUUAUGUAUGGCAUCAUUUGUGUGCACUGGACUGUAUAUGAUCUCGUGGCAGUUUGAUCCAUGCUGCAAGUAUCAGGUGCACAAGGAUCCAAGAUUGAAAUCACUCCAAAAAGAAGACAACACUCCAUCAUUGCCAGUGGUUAUAGAGCGUGGCAGCGAUACCAAGAGGAAAAUUGUACACACAUCAGUAACAGUUGUGUCAACUGCAUAUUGUAUUUGGAAGCUGUACGAAUAUUGCAAAUAACCUUUCAUAUCGAGAUCAAAUUUUUAUGGGAACGUGAUGGUUCAAGAACAGUCAGCACAUUUUAAAAUAAUAUUUUAUAUAUGUUCACUUGAUUUUAUUUAAUUUACCUACAAACUUAUGAUUGUAUGAACCUGAUAAUGUCACACCAGUGACUAAGAGAUUUUCUUCUCGGGUGUAGAGUAUAUAAGCAUGUUAAACAAACUUUCUAUAUACAUUUCAUCUUUUAAUGAAUUAUGAAUAUUUAAUGCAAAUUCAUUAAUCACUGAAAAUAUUAUUGGCUUUACUUUGCGGGAACAUAUUAAAGAACUUAAAAAUUUAAUUUUAUAAAAAAAGUUUAAAUACCUAUUUCCAUCUUUUAAAAAGUUUAACAUUCAAAUAAAUACAAAUAUUAGGUUAUAGAUAUAUUGUAAUGACAAUUAUUAAGUCUUAUUAUUCAUUUUAUAUAAAAUAAUAAUAGUGACAAUUAAAAGUAUAUUUUCUAUUUUCCUGAUAUUUAAACUAACCUAUAUUUUAAUUAUUGAGCCAAGUUAUAUUUUUAGAAAACUUACUAUCAAUAUUAAUUGCUAAAUAAAAUAUCAUUAAAUUGUUUAUUAGUUAAAAAAAAAUUUUAACAUUUUUUUUCAUAAUUAAAAUUUAUUAUUAUAUAUAAUAAGUUUAAUAAGUAAAUUCUUUAUAAUUGUGGAAAGAACUUCUUUAUACACUUGAUGUUUAUGGACGAGUGAACGGAUAUAUCUCAGGCAUCUAAAUAGAUGUAAAAUUAUUUAGCACACAGAUUUGAUCAUGUUAAAUAUUGUCUAUACUUCAACAGUUACUAACAAUAUUAGAUCAUGCUAAAAUUUGCCAUUAAAAUAAAAACAAAAAAGUAAUGUUUUAUAUUCAUGA